AUGUACCGUACCGGUACACACUUCGCCUUCGAGAUUUGUCACAUCUUGAAACUCACUCUUGAGAGCCGAUUCACUGAAUCGGCUCAAAAAAAGAAAUUAUUAGUACAUGUUACUGACUUGGGUGGUGCGAUCUCAUGGCGGCGUCGCGACCUGGACCUGUCUGUGGCGCUGCGCUCGAUGGUAUUCGUGAACGAGACGGUAUCGUUGCCGCCGAGGCAGUUGGUGUCUGUGGCUUUGGAUCGCGCGUCUGCGUUGCUGGUCGGCGCUCUGGACGUGCAGAGCGUGAGCAUGGCUAGCCUGGCAGUUCCUCGUUGGAGCGACUUCGUGCUGCUGCACCGCGUGAAGAACGGUGGUGAAUGGCAAGUGUCGGGCGAGUUGCAGUCGAGCGAUGCGAGGUGGCUGAAGACUGCGGAGGUGGUUCUGGCGCCGCGCACGGCCAAGUCUCAGGCUAGCCAAGUCUCAGGCUGUGACGGUGUAAACGAACGUGACACUGGUGGACGCGGUGUCGUCGCAAUCCGUGGUGGUGGAGGUCUUUCACUUGGUCCGGAGCAUACCGGACCCUCGGUCUCUGGUGUCGACUGCACUGCUGCAGCCGAUCGUGGUGGAGAACCGGGAGGACGAGCCUGCGUUGGUUUCGAUGGCGGACUUGGGCGCGGAUAUUAUCGCAACACGUUCAUCAACAUUUACAUUGUCAACCACUUUUACCGAGGCCGAGACACGCUUUCGAGCGCUGCUUAG